AUGAUCAACCAAAGCACAGCUCAGGUUACGAGUCUACCAGGAUCUCCGUCAACAAAGUCAAAGCUGCCAUUACUAUUUACUGCACGGCCUGGAAAUGUUGGUGUUCAGAUUGACGCACACCGAGCUUUAAGCGUACCUUCUAAUUCUCGGAGCGCCCACUUUACGUCGCAAUUUCAUGAAAUGAUGUACGAAAAUGGAUCACUCGAGAAUUAUGCACGUGUUGUGGAGCGCACAGCACAACGUACUCGAUUAUUGCAUGACAAGAUGGAAAAGCUGCGUACCAGAGAACAGCAAUUUGAAGAGGAAGAAGCAAACCGUAAGCAGAGGCGAAUGCAGCGUGAAACAGCUCGUCAACGACGAGUAUGGCAAAUGCGUCAAGAAGCAAAACAAGCGGAUGAACAAGCACGUGAGACUUUUGCAGCCAUUACAGUGCAAAGAGUAAUACGAGGUGCUUUGGCACGGCGAAUCGCUCGAGUCCUUAGGCUUGCGCAAAAAACGCAUGGAGCGGCUUUAGUACUUCAGCGAGCAAUGAAAGUAUAUGUGA